UGCUGUACAUCUGCCGUAGCAACCAGUGUUUUUCCUUAGUUUAAAAGCAUUUUUACCGAUAUUACAGACAGUUUGAUGCAUGGUAAGUUUGCAGUUAUACAAUUGUCAGAGAAAGGUAACGUUAAGUGAAAUUGUAAAUAAUGUUAGAAACGCGUUCGGCCGUUUAUAAAAUGAUAGAGGUGGCGCGUGAAGAGAGACAGAUUAAUAACUGGCCACCACCAUUUUCCUCAGAAAUUACAUUAUACCAGGAAAGAAAUUUUCAUACAGUUGUUAGACGUUCGUGCAUGAGGAAAUGUUUAACAUUAAAGAUUUCCAAGGCAAUUGUAAUUGGAGAUGUUUCCGUUGGAAAAUCAUGUUUAAUAAAUAGAUUUUGUCACAAAAUAUUUGAUAACAAUUAUAAAGCAACGAUUGGCGUGGAUUUCGAGGUAGAAAGAUUUGAUAUUCUUGGUAUACCAUUUCACUUACAAAUAUGGGACACAGCUGGUCAAGAAAGAUUUAAAUCCAUAGCUGCAUCUUAUUACAGAGGCGCAAACGUGAUUAUGAUCGUGUUUGACUUGGCUAACUUGGUAUCUUUGGGACACUGUCAACAAUGGUUCAAUGAAGCUGCUCAAUGCAAUACAGAACCGUAUUAUGUAUUUUUGAUAGGCACGAAACGAGAUUUAUUGUCCAAUCAAGUAUACGAAAUAAUUGAAAAACGAGCAGCAGAAAUGGCGCGAAAAUUAAAUGCCGAAUUCUGGGCGGUUUCCGCAAGAACAGGAGAUGGAGUAUCAGAAUUAUUCGCAAGAGCAGCUGUAUUGUCCUUUCAAAGUAUGGUUUUAAAUGAAUGUGAAAGUAUGAAACCGGAAUCAAUUAACAUUGGUUCAGAUCUAAUAACAUUAAAUCCUGAUAAAGAAAGAACUAAAAGAAAGAGCAGGAGAAAUAGAUGCUUCGAUUGCACGAAUUUAGUGAUUGAAUAUUAAGCAAGCAGAAAUUUUAAUUUUGGCUCCACUUCAUCUUAGGGGACCAAAAAUUGUUGGUUAAAAAAUAUUAAAUCUUAUAGUUUUCGACCUAAAACAUUCGAAAAUGCAAGUUAAAAGUUAAGGAAAUCACUUGUUUAAAAAAUACGAUUAUGUGAAAAAAGUGUAUUUAGCGUACUUUGACAGGUUAGUACGACGCCAUAUUGCUUCUACCCAUCUUCUGAUUGGUUCGCAUAUCUCGGCUUGGUUAGGCUAGAUCAAAAUUUAUAUGUUUUUAAAUAAGGUAACCGGAAGUUACAGUCAUUUCAGCGAACUAAUCAGAAAAUGCGUAGAAACAAUAUGGCGUCGUACUAACCUGUCAAAGUCCGAUAAAUACCCUUUUUUCACAUAAUCGUAUUUUUUAAACAAGUGAUUUCCUAAACUUUUAACUUGCAUUUUCGAAUGUUUCAGAUCGAAAACUAUAAGAUUUGAUAUUUCUUAACCAAAAAUUUUUAUCCCCUAAAACGAAGUUUGACCUUAAUUUUAAACAAGUAUAAAAUAUUUAUGGUAACUGAUAUAUAUAUAUAUGAAAUAAUGCUUAUAAUUGUACAUAGCAAAUAUAAAAUGAAAAAGUCAAUUUCAGUAAUGCUAACACAAUUUAAAUAAACCGCGCACAAUAUAAUCUUCCGGUUAGGUGUUGGUGAGCUCAUCCGACAAUGUUUCUUCGUUCUUCGCGUUAUUCCAUCCUCUUUCUUCAACUUAGAUUAGCUGAGAUAUCCGAUAUAACCGGAAAAGAUACGUCCUGCUAACAAUCGAUAUGGUAGUCGGCAACACGAUCGGAUUGGAAGAGAUCGUUUUGUUCGUUCGAUGCCGACGUGUCUAAUACGCAUACUCUGUUACACACAAUACAUACACUGUACAUACGCAGAUCUUCACCACGGUGUAACCAGUGCGAGUCCAACGCUUUUUACGCAA